AUGGCGAAAAAACGAGCUGAGGGUAUUCUGGCAAGUGAAAAUAUGGAACAGGCCGAAAAAAUUCGCGAAGUGAAAAAGUUAUACCGUAAGGCAACUGCUGCGGCAUCAACGAAGAAGAAGGUUACGUAUGCGGUAAUGACGAAAGGGAAACGUGGAACUUUGGCCAGACCAAAAGGACCGUACAAGGUAGUAGAUGCUCGAUUAAAGAAGGAUAAUCGGCGUCAGAAGCAAAUGGAAAGGAAAAAAGGCCCGGGUGCUCGCAGACGCGGAGGACGCCGGAAACAAAGGUCAAAUUGA